CUGUAUCUUUCUCUUUCAAACAAAGCAAAGCCUUAGCUUGAAGAUCAACCCUUUGCUCUCUGUUAGCUGAUAAGCCUAAAAUUUCAAGCCUUUCAAUAUUUUUUUUUGAAUUACAUUUUUUAAAAAAAAAAGCAAUGCUGGAACCAUCCUCACAAACCCCUGAUUACCUAAUAUCACCCAUAACAACGCCGGUACCACCAUCACCGCCGCCGCCGCCCACAAAACCCAAUCAGUUUCUGUCCUUGAUAUCCAACAGACCAUCCCUUAGAGUGACUUCAGAGUUCGACAGUGAUAGCCGUGUGUUCUUUCACAAGGUGUCUUGUAAGUUGUUCGAUGACCUUGCUAAGCUUAAACUAUCCUUCGUUAAUAACGUUAAACGUGAGAUCUCGGGUUCUCUUUUGGCGUUAACUUCGAAGCAUUUGUCUAUUCACUAUGAUCCUGAGGAACAAAAUGCUCUUAUCAAGACAUCUUUUGAUGUGGGUCCUAAAUUGCAGUUCAAAGCUGCUCAUGAUGUUAAGGCAAAACGAGGCGAGGUUGCAAUGGUUGCGAAUGUUGCUGAUCCCGGUUAUGCCGUUGAAGUGUCGUCUCCUGUUCCAUAUAUUGGUUUGCCGAAAGCAACAAUUAGAUUCCCUACCGGUGAAGUUACACUUGAGGAGAGAGAGGAUGAAGAAGUACCAAGGAAGUUGUUGAUAAAUGGGAUUCUUAAAGGUCCGAUUUUGAAUGGGGUCGGUGCAGCCCAUUACACAGAUGAAGAACUGAGACUAAGAUACUCAUAUAAGGAUGAAUCACUGUCAUUUAUUCCUAGCAUUUCACUGCCAUCGAAUGCUGUUUCAUUUGCAUUCAAGCGACGUUUCAGUCCAUCUGAUAAGUUGAGCUACUGGUACAAUUUUGACUCGAACUGUUGGAGUGCUGUUUACAAGCACACAUAUGACAAAGACUUCAAAUUCAAAGCUGGCUAUGAUUCAGAGGUUCGUCUCGGCUGGGCUUCUCUAUGGGUCGGAGAAGAAAACGGAAAGGCAAAGACGGCCCCGAUGAAGAUGAAAGUCCAGUUUAUGCUCCAGGUACCACAAGAUGACAUUAAAUCAUCGGCGUUAAUGUUUCGUGUUAAAAAGAGGUGGGAUAUAUUGUAGUUUCAUACAUACUCUUUUAAAUGACAUGGUUUUUAGAACACUUUGUAACGAUGAUGCUAAUUGCUAUAUAAUGACGAUAUUGCAUCACUGGGUUAAUCAAGUUACUCUUUGAAUAA